CAGCGCCGCAACAUCGCCCUCUUUUGCUCCGGAUAACAAAUGACAUGUCUGCUUUUGUCAGCAGCAACAACCAGCCGAGCUGAGCCGAGGAGGCAGACAGAAACAGUCGUUAAGAUUAGCCAGCCAGCCAAGCMACAACCAGCCGCCUGAAUGUAGAUCCGCAUGGGCUGCUACUGCUCCAGCUCUCUAAAUAACCCGGCUCAAUCAUAACAUAAGGAUCCCAGGAUGGUGUUAGUGCAUGUAGGAUAUCUGGUUCUUCCCGUUUUCGGCUCAGUAAGAAACAGAGGCUCCCAGUUUAACCGGCAGCAGCAGCAGCACAGCCAUGCUACCUCCUGCCGGCACUUCCAGUUAGGUCCUCAGGCCCCGCUGCCCAUGGACUUCCCAAUGCCCCACCCAGGGCAGCCCCAGUCAGGCAUUAACCCCCACCUGGUCCCCCCGGGCCACCAGCAUGGCCCGCCACUCCACGCGCCCCUCAACCCCCUGGCCGCUUCCCAGUUCCAGGACCUCCCCGCCCCUCCCUUCCUACCUCAGGCAUUACACCAGCAAUACCUCCUCCAGCAGCAGAUCCUCGAGGCCCAGCACCGACACAUCCUGCCGCCCUCCAGUAGACGCACCCCAGAGAGAGUUCCUCACCAGCCCCACAGACUGAGACCCGGCUAUGAGUUUGGGCCCCCGCUUCACGUGGCCCCUCAGCCUGUGGUGCAGCAGCCUCGCUACCUGGCUGAAGGCACAGACUGGGAUCUGAGUGUAGAUGCUGGACUCCCCCCUCACCAGUACCACAUCCACCCGCUGCCGCAGCACUAUCAGCAUUACUUGACCUCCCCGAGGAUGCACCACUUCCCCAGAAACAAUGCCUCAACACAAGUGGUCGUCCAUGAGAUCAGAAACUACCCGUAUCCCCAGCUGCACUUGCUGGCUCUGCAGAGCCUCAACCCUUCCCGCCACGCCUCUGCUGUCAGAGAGAGCUACGAGGAGCUCCUGCAGCUGGAGGACAGACUGGGCAGCGUGAACCGAGGAGCGGUCCAAGCCAUCAUCGAGAGAUUCACUUUCCCCCACAAGUACAAAAAGAGAAUACCGCAAGACCUGAAGAUGUGUCUGGAUGAUGAGGAGCUGGACACAGAUGAAAAGUGCACCAUUUGUCUGUCGAUGCUGGAAGAUGGAGAAGAUGUCAGGAGAUUACCCUGCAUGCACCUCUUUCACCAGGCGUGUGUGGAUCAGUGGCUGGCCACCAGCAGGAAGUGUCCCAUCUGCAGAGUGGACAUUGAGACCCAGCUGACCCCGGAGAGCUGAUAGUUCCCGUGGACUCCUGCGGCUUCAGAUCCGCUCUCGUUAAUUCUCCAUCGCCUCCUUCCGGGAGGCAGGGGGGUGGGGGGGAGCUCUGCCAAAACACGCCCCUCUUCCUCCCGCAUCACUCGAAGAGCCUGCCUUCUGAGACAGCUGCGACAGAGGGAUCAACAAAGCACACUGGCGUACAACACAAAGGAUGAUGAGAGGGUGUGGGGGGAUUGAUGCACAGAUACAGGAAGGUCAGCUGAGUGGACUUGACUGGAUGUGAACGGUAGGAGAUGUAUGGACAGAUGUGCUGAGGCUUCACACGGUCCCCUCGGAUCGUGUACACCUGCGUACAUUUCUCCAUACAGCCAGAAAGCGAGAGAGGGCGGACGCUCUGACUACCACCCUCUCUUGCUCACUUUGGGUGUAUUAGGGCUGUUUUUAUUUCUGCCAAACCCUCUGCCUCCCCCCACCCCAACCCGAUCCCCCUUAAGGCCUGUGAAAAAUCCUUUAAGCUGCACUCUGCCCAAGCCCUCACUCAGCACAUCUGUACAGAACAUUAUCAAACGAUUAGCAUGAGGUUGUGUGGUGUGAACUCUUGUAGCUGAACGCUUGUGGUGUCAUGGUACUGAAUAAGUAUUUACAGAGUAACAGUGUUGUGUAGCAAAGCAAAAGCCUUUUGAGAAAUAUGUUUGCUAAAAAAAAUUUAACCUAAGAGGGGGUGAACACAGCUCUAGAGUAUUGUUAAACCAUAAGCAUMAAGACUAAAAAGUAAUAAAAAACAACAACAAAAAAAAGGCCAAAACUUUCUCUUWCAUGYCUAACAUGGUUUUACAGUUCGUAGAUGACAUCAGAGUUGAUGCUAAACCCGCUAAACUGCAGGCAUGGCUUCCAGUGAUGUGUGUAGUGUCGUAGUUUGGGGGGCUCCUGCGACGUAGAGCGGGGGCCCCCCACCCCCCCAGAUGUGCAUGCUGUACGGCAGGCUUGGGCUGUGUCGUUGAUGUUGUGGAGCAGUUUAGAAGCAGGGGCCGUGUCUGUGCAUGUGAUCUGUGAUUAUUAUGACCCCGCUCAUUCGUAGAGGAGGAYGAGAAUGCGCCUAAAAAAGCCCACGCACCCUUCCUCUACCACCCCCACCCUCCCGAGUAGAUUAAAGCUGCCCUCAGACGCCGAUCCGACACCAGCGUGUGAGUUUGUGUCUAACGGCAUCUUGUUUGUGUGGCCUCGAUCGUGGCAUGAUCACGAGAGGCCGGCAUGGGUUUGAGGGUCUCGCCAUGCAUUCGAGUGACWUUUUUUUUAUUAUAACCAGAACCUUAUUGCCUAUCAAACAAGCACACGUCAUUUUUUUUUAAAUCGAAUCGCCUCUGUUGUGUAUCGGCUCCUUUUUCAUUUAAUCUUAAGUUUGCUCCUGCUGUUUGAUUUUAAAAAUAAUAAUAAUAAUAAUAAUAGACUGUGUCUGGUGUUACAGGGAAAAUACAAACUAGUUUGCCUGUGAAACGUGCUAGAAUGUAUACGAUUGCCCCCCCACGCCCCCCUCUCUUUUGUUUCCCCUCAUGGUGCUUGUGUAUGGUACUACUAGAACUGUGAUAYGUUCAGUGAUAGAAGCUGUUUUUUCUAUUAUCAUGCAUGAACCAUGUUGGCGUAUUUCACUUGAAGGAGGGUGAAAGGGAGAAAAAGCCAUCCAUUUGAAAAAUACCAAACAACUGUUCUUAGCWUUUUUAUUUCGAUCGUCUCUUUUCUGCCAUUUCGUUUCUUUUUUCUUUUUUCUUUUUAGUAUUACCUGUGUGUUUAUUCUUUUUGCUCACCUGCCAAUYCGGACGCGGUACCAAUACGCCUUGUCCGUUUUAACCAUAGUGAAGAAGAUGCUGCAAUGCUGCAAAAACAUAUUUAUUGUUGUUCUGAUGUAGCUUGUGUUUUGUAAAUGCACUAUAAUAUGGAGUUGCCUGAUAUUUUGGUUUGGUGGUGUGGAUACUUCUUGUCCUAGAUUUUGUGUUUUUUAUUCAGUUCAAAGUAUUUUCAUGCUUCCCUGUGUAUGUUUUUGGAGGGUAACUUGACUGUUUGUGUUGCAAAUUUAUUUUAUUAUUAUCAUUAUUUUUUUUGUAUUAAACCUCCGUCCAAAAAAGAAACUACAUAAAGAUGGAAAUGGAGGUUUGCUAGUUCACAUAGAAUGCUGUGAUUAAAGAUGCCUUAAGUAUUUAACAAUCAUUAUUUAUUACUAACUGUAGCUAGCUAGCUAUUGUGGUGGAAUAUUUAAUGUCUAUCUCAUAACUUUGCAAUUUAAUCAAUAUAUUUAUUUAAAAUAACACAAAAUACUAAAAAAAUACCUCAUUAUGCAUUUGGUUGGUGGGGAUGCUUGUGCAUGCCGUCUGUGUUUUCUUUUACAAAGGAGAAAAAUCUGUUGAAACUGACUGCGGGGUGUUUCCCAACAUGUUUCCUAGCCAGCAUGGUGCUGUUGAUCUAGAUUACAUUCCAUUCAUCCCGUCUCUUAAUUUGAGUUUUGAAUGUUUUAUUUCUUAAAGCGAUAGUUUGGGUGUUUUUGAAGUGGGGUUCUGUGGAAAGGUUAUGCUCAGUAAAUAUCCUACCUGCUGUAGAUGGCUUUUUGAACACCUCAGUUUGAAGGAUUUGGUAAAUACUGAGUGGAAUGAUGAGCUGAUGACUAGUCUCUGUGGGGUCUUGACCAAAGUGGAUUAUUGCCAUCGUGGGCACCUGAUUUUGAAUAAAAUUAGAGUAAAACGAAGGAUUAGGUUUAGUCCUUGGAGUUGUGUUUAGUUGGUAUAAUGGGAAUUGCAAUGCUCUUUCAUGGAGUAAGCAGGGCUCAAAUCCUAUAAAUUUACAUUUUUGGGCCAUAUUUAAUCCAACUUUAGCCUAGAACUUUGUUCAACACAAAAUGCAUCUUCUUGAAGGAGCUCCUAAUAGAUUUCAAAAUAAAAUCUGCAUUAAAGGAUUUAAAUACCCCCUUUUAAAACCUGUCUUGUCUAAAUARUGUGAUCUGUUUCAUAGACAGAAAAUGAGGCAGCACACAAGAAAAUUAUAUUAGAAUCAAUAAAAACUACAUGGUUUUGUUUUGCCCAAAUUCACACCAAAACUAUAAAAAAUGGCAAUUUAACAGUAAAUUAUGACUACCAUCAAUUCCAGYGUCAGAAAUUUUAUUGCAGCUAUAUAAGGAAGCCUGCAUCACUUCCUGCUGGAAUGUCUUAACUUUUCUGUUAGAAAAACAGUGAAAUGUGCAGCUGAUAAUCAUGUAAACGUUUCCUAAAGUAGCCUUUGCAAGCAAUCCCUUUUGGUCUUGGUUCCAGUCAAACUAUGUCAGCUUGUUAAUCUAGUCAGAAUUACGCUUUGUUCCUCCAGGUUGUGGCUAUUCAAAUAGAAACCUGUUACAGGUAAGAUACUAACUGUUCAUAACCUUUCCAAACUUAAAAAAAAAAAAAUCUGACCUCUUCCUUUAAAUGUCACUCCUGCUUUUAUCUGAAGCAGAUGUCAGGGUACAUUUCUGUUUGUCUUAGUUUGCUUUUCCCGUACAGUGUUGCUUUGCUUGUCACAAUAACUCAUGUUUUAUAUAAUUCAUUCUUGGUUUUUUUUAUUAUGUUCUCAAUAUUCAUUAUAUCCAGAUGUCAUCUUAGUGCUUACUGCUUUAGGAACCACAUGGAAAUUUGUAGUAUUCGUUCCUACAUGUUGCUGGCUGUGUGGGAUUUAUGGGACUUAUCUAACAUGCUGACUUGAGCCAUUGAUCUUUCGAGCAAACUUCUGGUGUUACUGUGGUUUUACAAUAUAGAUGUUUCACACCUUGAUAUGAUAAGCUAACUACGUUUUUUGGUGUGCAUUUCCUAAUAAUACGCUACUAAUUCUGCAAAUGACUCUAACUUGUACUGAAUUGGAACGAGGCUGACUGGUCUUACUAUUAUUUCAUUUCGUUCUCUCACUGGCCUUACCCCACGCUCCCCCCUGUUUUUCCACAGUGUAACUCCAGACUGAACUGGACCGUAGCCAUAGUAUUAACUCAAGCUGAUGAACCGGAAUGAACAGUAGAAACUCAAAGCACAAGCUUUUUAAUGCAUGUCCUUCUCAGGUUUUCCUAUGUGUAUGUGGGAGUAGCUCUGUAGAUGUGUUUAAUAUGAUGCUGUACCUUCUUGAAUAUUACAGAUGUUUCUUUGCUGCUGAUAAAAAAAAAAUGUUGAUUUUUAACCUGCCAGUGAAAAAGGGAAGUGGCCAUCUUUGUACAACACACUGCUGUUUUGCUGUAACCGCGCAAUGUUUUAUGAUCUUGACUAUUUUAUAGAAAUGUAGAAGUAUGUAUCAAUAAUAUGAAAGCAAUAGCUAAAUCAUAAUGAAGAAUAACAUGAUCAGUGAAUAUUGUGGAAAAAUCUUUAGAUUCACUCUGGGUGGAUUUUGUACUGUAUUUAUUACUAAUGAUGAUGCAAAAAGUUGCAUAGCUUAACCCAAACUGUUCUGUCUCUUUUUUAUUUAUUGUCUUGUAUAUGAUCUUUUUGUAUGUGUUUUUCAAAUAAACUGCCUAAAAUGCUGAGAACUAA